AUGAAAAACAAGAUAAUUUUCUUCUUCUUCUUCUCGGUGUUCUUUAUGGAGCUUAGCCGAGGACAGAACAACAGAAGAACCGAAGUCAAUGUGGGUGCCGUAACUGAUGUCGGGACUACAAACUCGGAGGUUGCCAUGCUAUGUGUCAAUUUGUCUCUUUCCGAUUUUUAUUCUUCUCGUCCUGAGUUUCAGACAAGGCUUGUUAUCAACGUCGGUGACUCCAGAAAGGACGUUGUGGGCGCAGCAGCUGCAGCGCUUGAGCUGAUAAAGAACAAGCAAGUGAAAGCUAUUUUGGGGCCGUGGACUUCAAUGCAAGAUCAUUUCUUAAUCGAGAUUGGCCAAAAAACACAGGUUCCAGUUGUUUCCUACUCUGCAACAAGCCCAUUUCUAACAUCUCUCCGUAGUCCAUACUUCUUGCGUGCUACGUAUGAAGAUUCCUCUCAAGUGAACGCCAUCAAAUCUAUCAUCAAGCUGUUCGGGUGGAGAGAAGUUGUUCCUGUUUACAUCGACAACACAUUUGGAGAAGGUAUAAUGCCUCGUCUCACUGAUGCAUUACAAGAAAUCAACGUUCGAAUACCUUAUAGAUCUGUCAUCGCACUCAAUGCCACUGAUGAUGAAAUCUCCAUAGAGCUUCUUAAUAUGAUGACCAUGCCCACAAGAGUGUUUAUUGUCCACAUGUACUCUUCUCUUGCCUCGAGAGUCUUCGUCAAAGCUAAGGAGAUUGGUCUGAUGAGACCGGGGUAUGUCUGGAUCCUAACCAACGGAGUUACAGAUGACUUAAGUUUGUUAAGUGAGGUGAGUAUUGAGGCUAUGGAAGGGGUAUUGGGUGUUAAAACCUAUAUUCAGAAAUCCAAAGAACUCGACAAAUUUCGAUCUCGAUGGAGGAAGAGAUUCCCACGUAAGGAGCUUACAGUCUACGGAUUGUGGGCAUAUGAUGCUACCACCGCACUGGCAAUAGCCAUUGAAGAUGCUGGGACAAACAACUUAACUUUCAGCAAUGCGGAUCUUGGAAGGAAUAUUUCUGAACUUGAAGCUCUUGGUUCAUCACAAUUAGGUCCAAAGCUUCUCCAGACACUCUCACAAGUGCAGUUCAAAGGACUCGCAGGGGAUUUUCGUUUCAUCAACGGGCAACUGCAACCAUCGGUGUUUGAGAUUGUUAAUGUUCUCGGAACCAGAGAAAGGUCAAUAGGAUUCUGGACAGAGGAAAACGGUCUUGUGAAGAAAAUAGACCAGCAACCUCGGAGCAGCGAGAGCGCCUUAUCAACUUGGAAAGAUCAUCUUAAGCCCAUUAUAUGGCCUGGAGAUGCUGAUUCUGUUCCAAAAGGAUGGGAGAUCCCGACUAAUGGGAAGAAGUUGCGCAUCGGAGUUCCAAAGAGAACCGGUUACACUGAUCUCGUGAAGGUCACAAGGGAUCCUAUCACCAAUUCAACAGUCAUCACAGGUUUCUGCAUAGAUUUCUUUGAGGCUGUGAUUCGGGAACUGCCUUAUGACGUCUCCUAUGAGUUCAUACCUUUUGAGAAACGUAAUGGUAAAGCAGCCGGUAAUUACAAUGACUUGGUCCACCAAGUGUUCCUUGGGAGGUAUGAUGCGGUUGUGGGAGAUACAACCAUACUGGCGAACAGAUCCUCUUACGUCGAUUUCACAUUCCCUUUCAUUAAAUCAGGAGUUGGAUUGAUUGUCCCAAUUAGGGAUUCGGUGAAGAGAGGCCAAUUCAGUUUCUUCAAGCCUUUGUCAUUGAAACUAUGGUUGACUUCCUUAGGCUUUUUCUUCAUUAUUGGCUUUACUGUUUGGGUUGUUGAGCAUAGGGUUAAUCCUGACUUUCAAGGACCGAAAAGAUACCAAGCUAGUACCAUAUUCUGGUUUGCUUUCUCGACCAUGGUUUUUGCUCCAAGAGAAAGGGUAUUCAGCUUUGGAGCAAGGUGUUUGGUUAUUUCAUGGUACUUCAUCGUUCUCGUGUUGACUCAAAGUUACACAGCCAGUUUAGCAUCACUUUUAACAACACAACAACUUAAUCCAACCAUAACAAGCAUGAGUAGCUUGCUUGAGAGAGGAGAAAGAGUGGGUUAUCAGAGAACAUCGUUCAUCUUUGGAAAGCGUAUAGAAACAGGUUUCUCACCAUCUAACCUUGUGCCCUUUGAUACCUCCGAAGAAUGCGAUGAACUUCUGAGAAAUGGAACAAAAAAGGGUGGCAUCUCUGGAGCUUUCCUGGAAAUACCUUACUUGAGACUCUUUCUUGGACAAUAUUGCAACACGUAUAAAAUGGUUGAAGAACCUUUCAAUGUUGAUGGAUUUGGAUUCGUUUUUCCAAUCGGGUCGCAUGUUUCAAGGGCUAUCUUAAAAGUAGCAGAGUCACCAGAGGCUACGAGGCUUCAGCGCGCAUGGUUCAAGAAGAAAGAAGAAAGUUGUCCAGACCCAGACACAAGUCCAGAUCCAAAUCCAUAUGUUACCUCUAGACAGCUUGGUUUAGACAGUUUUCGGUUUCUUUUUAAAGUUGUGUUUGUUAUAUGCAUUAUGAACCUAGGAUAUUUCAUUUUCUGUUUCCUACUGAAGACUGGAGGGAAAGAUUUGUGGGGAGAAUUAAAAAAAGCAGACGAUGAAUCGUAUAUCAACCGGGUAGAGAAAUGUUCAUGUUCGUCAAAACAACAACCACCUGAUGAUACCAACAGUCAAGCAGCAAAGCCAGACGAAAAUCGUUAA